CAGUCCACCCUCCGCGCCCGCGCCGCCAGCAUGACCGACGCACUGCUGCCCGCAGCCCCCCAGGCGCUGGAGAAGGAAGGCGACGGCUACUUUCGGAAGGGCUGUAAUCCCCUCGCACAAACUGGCCGGAGCAAACUGCAGAAUCAAAGGGCUGCCUUGAACCAGCAGAUCCUGAAAGCCGUUCGGAUGAGAACUGGAGCGGAAAACCUUCUGAAAGCCGCCACGAACCACAAGGUGCGGGAGCAGGUGCGCCUGGAGCUGAGCUUUGUCAACUCAGAUCUGCAGAUGCUCAAGGAAGAGCUUGAGGGGCUUAACAUCUCAGUGGGAGUCUAUCAGAACUCAGAGCAGGCGUUUACAAUUCCCCUGAUUCCUCUUGGUCUGAAGGAAACAAAGGACGUUGACUUUUCAGUCGUUCUCAAGGAUUUUAUCCUGGAACACUACAGUGAAGAUAGCUAUUUACAUGAAGAUGAAAUCGCCGAUCUUAUGGAUCUGAGACAGGCUUGUCGGACGCCCAGCCGGGAUGAGGCUGGUGUUGAACUGCUGAUGAGUUACUUUAUCCAGCUGGGUUUUGUGGAGAGCAGAUUCUUCCCACCCACCAGACAGAUGGGGAUCUUGUUUACAUGGUACGACUCCCUCACUGGAGUUCCGGUCAGCCAGCAGAACUUGCUACUGGAGAAGGCCAGCGUUCUGUUUAACAUUGGAGCCCUCUAUACACAGAUUGGAACCCGGUGCAAUCGGCAGACACAGGCUGGGCUGGAGAGUGCCAUGGAUGCCUUUCAGAGAGCUGCAGGGGUUUUAAACUACCUGAAAGAGACCUUUACUCAUACUCCAAGUUACGACAUGAGCCCUGCCAUGCUCAGCGUGCUGGUCAAAAUGAUGCUCGCACAAGCCCAGGAAUGCAUGUUUGAGAAAAUCUGCCUUCCUGGGAUCCAGAAUGAGUUCUUCAUGCUGGUGAAGGUGGCUCAAGAAGCUGCCAAGGUGGGGGAGGUCUACCAGCAGCUGCAUGCAGCCAUGAGCCAGGCACCGGUGAAGGAGAACAUCCCCUACUCCUGGGCCAGCUUGGCCUGCGUGAAGGCCCACCACUAUGGGGCCCUGGCUCACUACUUUGCCGCCAUCCUCCUCAUCGACCAUCAGUUGAAGCCUGGCGCAGAUGAGGACCACCAGGAGAAGUGCCUGUCCCAGCUCUAUGACCAUAUGCCCGAGGGACUGACACCCUUGGCCACACUGAAAAAUGGACACCAGCGCAGACAGCUGGGGAAAUCGCAUCUGCGCAAAGCCAUUGUCCACCAUGAGGAGUCCGUGAGGGAGGCCAGCCUGGGCACGAAGCUCCGCAACAUUGAGGUGCUCCAGGAGGUGCUUUCCGUGGCGCAUCAGCGCUCUCGGCUCAAGUAUUCCCAGCACCAAGAGGACGAUGAUCUGCUGACCUUAAUCGAUGCUCCUGAUGUUGUUUCUAAAACUGAGCAAGAAGUUGGAAUUAUACCACUGCAGUUCUCCAAGGUGACAGUAACAGACUUCUUCCAGAAGCUGGGCCCCCUAUCUGUGUUUUCGGCUAACAAGAGAUGGACGCCGCCUCGAAGCAUUCAUUUCACUGCAGAAGAAGGGGAUUUGGGGUUCACCUUGAGAGGAAACUCUCCAGUUCAAGUUCACUUCCUGGAUCCUUAUUGCUCAGCUGCACUGGCAGGAGCCAAGGAAGGAGAUUAUAUUGUUUCUAUUCAAGACGUGGAUUGUAAGUGGCUGACAGUGAGUGAGGUUAUGAAACUGCUCAAGAGCUUUGGCAAGGACAACAUUGAGAUGAAGGUGGUGAGCCUCCUGGACUCCACAUCAUCCGUGCAUAAUAAGUGUGCCACAUACUCUGUGGGAAUGCAGAAGACCUACUCCAUGAUCUGUUUGGCCAUUGAUGAUGAUGAUAAAACUGGUAAAACCAAGAAAAUCUCUAAAAAGCUCUCCUUCUUGAGUUGGGGCACCAACAAGAACAGGCAGAAGUCCGCCAGCACCAUGUGCCUUCCAUCUGUUGGGGUUGCGAGGCCUAAUGUCAAGAAGAAACUCCCUUCUUUCAGCCUUCUCAACACCGACAGUUCUUUGUACUAAUGUGAGGAAACAACAUUUAGGCCCAGAACGUUUCUGAGUGCUGACGUGGCCUUAAUAUUUGUGCCAGAAUGGAAAAUUUUCUGUCUUAAAUCUUGUUUACUUAGUCUGAACUUGCUAUUGGUAUUUCUUUCUGAAGGGAAGUAACUAGAAACCUCUAGAAAUUUGAGGAUGACAAACUGAUUCAAGUGUCAAUAUGUUGCUGUAUGAGGAGCCCCGGUGGCACAGUGGUUAAAGUGCUCGGCUGCCAACCGAAAGGUUGGUGGUUUGAACCCACCAGCUGCUCCAUGGGAGAAAGAUGUGGCAGUCUGCUUCCAUAAAGAUUACAGCCUUGGAAGCCCUAUGAGGCAAUUCUACUCUUUUCUAUAGGGUCACUAUGAGUCAGAAUUGACUCAACGGCAAUAGGUUUGGUUUUUUGAUAUUGCUGCAAGUUAUUUAUUCUAUAAAGUAUUGUAAAUAGAAUAGUGUCGAAAAUAUGCCUGUUUACUGAUUACGAUUAUGAUUUUUAGUCACCUCCAGGGUUAAUUUUGGAUUACCUACAUUAGUCCUAUGUGUAAGCUUCCAGGCUUGGGUAAGAGAUCUUUAACAUAGAAUUCAGACAACCCCUGAAUUCAGGCAGGCCAAGGGACUACAGUCAGAGUCUUAAAUUAGUGUUACUAAAAACUGUUCCACAGAGCUGCUUCCUCAUUAAUCUACUAUGACAAAACUUUACUAUUAUUUCCACACAAUAUGAAUGCUACUUCCAGGUAAAGUCUAGUGCCAAAUUCGUCAUGACUUAGUCAAUGAAAACACCUUAGGAGCAGCUUUUAUUCUAGUUUCAUGUCAUUUAAAAACUGCUAACACAGUGGCAGUGUUAGAUGAAGGUGCUGUCUACAAGGUAGAUAAUAUUCUGUUUGAUACUCAAAACAUUUUUCAUUUUGUUUAAAGUAGAGCGUACAUAACCGUAUUAUUUUAAGAGUCUUGAGUUAAAAACUAGCUUCACAUUUUUUCAGAUACAGAUGUAAAUGACUCAAGUUCAGAGCUCUUUGACUUUUAAAAACAACAUUCUGCCAAUUGAUUUCUCUCGCUCUAAGUUGGAUGAUGCUGUGAUUCUACUAAGACUCACUGUUGACAUGGUACACGUAUAUAGCUAAAAAACAUAGCAUUGAAAUCUAAUUUUUGUAAAUUAAUAAGAAUUUAAGUAUUUUCUAUUGUGCAAUAUUGAAAGACAAGCAACCACCUUUAGGAAAGUUCAUUCACUGCGCCUAGGGCCAUGUCUGUAUAAAUAUUUAAAUAAACGCAUUUAUGCCAAAUUAAUGUUUUUUUCUUUAAAUAAUAGUUUAUUGUGUUUUCAGUGAAAGCUGAUACAACAGAUUAGGUUCCCGUUGAACAAUUUCUACUCAAAUUGUUCAGUGACAUUGGUUACAUUCUUUACAAUGUGUGAACAUCGUUCCUGUUAUGGUUGUUCUGCUUCUAGUGAUCUAGUUUCCCUGCCCUCUGACGUAGUCUCAUCUUUGUUUUUAAAGUAACUCUUGACUGUUCGGUCUCAUUUAAGAUUUUUUAAAGAAAGCACGGUACUCAUGGGUGAUAUUCUUUAUUUUGUGGCCAGUCUGUUAUUUAGCUGAAAGGUGACCUCAGGAGAUAGUUUCGGUUCAGGGUUUAAAGUAUCUCACGGCAAUAGUCUUGGGGAGUCCUCCGGUCUCAACUGGUCCAGUAAGUUUGAAUUUUUUUAAGAAUUUGAGGUUCUGUUCUACAUUUUUCUCCCAUCCUAUCAGGGUCCACCUAUCAAGAACAGCUGGUAGUGGUAGUCAGGCACCAUCUGGUUUUUCUGGUCUCAAGGUAGAUGAGGCCGUGGUUUGUGUAGACUAUUAGUCCUGUAGACUAGUUACUUCUCCAAAUUUUUGGUUUCCUUCUGUCUCUUUUGCCCCGGAUGAGUAGAGACCAAUAGUUUUAUCUUAGAUGGCUGCAAGCUUUUAAGAUCUAGACACUACUCACCAAACUAGGAUGUAGAAUAUAACUUUCUGAACUAUAUUAUGCCAAUUGGCUGAGACAUCUCACGAGACUAUGGUCCUAAUCCUUCAAACCCUGGAAUCCAAUCCUGCAAGCCAUCUGGUUAUAUCUAAGAAGUAUCCAUAGCUUUCCCUCUGUUGUACAUAAGAUUGUUGAGUCGGAACUGACUCAAUGGCACCUAACAACAACAUACACAUAUAUGCCUACGUAUAUACCUGCAAAUAGGUACUUUGGUUGUUUUUGCUGUUUCAAAAUUAUAUAUGCUAUAGCAAUCACCAACAGGCCCUUCUUUCUUGCGUACGUUUUAGUGACAUCAUUUAAAAGCUCACAAGCUUUUAAGACCCUAGACACUACUACCAAACUAGGAUGUAGAACAUAAGCUUUAUGAACUAUAUAAUGCCAACUGACUGAGUUGUCCCACGAGACUAUCAUCCUAAGCUUUCAAACCCAGAAAACCAAUCCUGUGAGGUGUUUGGUUAUGUCUAAGAAGUAUCUGUGUGUCCCCUAUGUGGUCUAUUAUAUAUGUGAAUAUAUAUAUACACAUACGCACAUAUGCACACACCUAUAUACACACAUAUUCAUACCUAUACACAUAUGUAUAUAUAAUACCCGCAUAUUUUUGGUUGUUGGAGAAUUAUAUAUAUGCCAUAGCAAUUACCAAAAAAGGUCCUUUUUUCUUGUGUAUAUCUGAGUGACAUUGUUUACCCUGCUCUCAAUGUACACACUUCAUCCACAUUUGCUGUUACAUUUCCCAUCACCAAAAAUAACAAGUGUCUGCUGUCUAGGGAACAAAUCUUCCUCUUCCCACCACCUGUCCCUGGUAACCACCAAAGAAUGUUGGUCUCUAUGUAUACCUGUUCUUAUAAAAGUAAGAUCAUACAACAUUUGUGCUUUUCUGAUUGACUUUUUUACUCAGCAUAAUGUCCUCCAGAUUCAUCCACGUUGUUUCAAGGAUUCACCAUUCUUUAUGGCUGCAUAGUAUUCCAUUGUGUGUAUGUACCACAUUUUCUCUAUCCAUUUAUCCAUUGAUGGGCCCUUCAGUUGUUUACAUCUUUUUACCAAGUUCAUGUUUUUUACUUUUAUUUCAUUUUAAUUCCUUCCUCUUUCAAAUGAUUUCUAGCCUAAUGCUCAAAAUAUUUCUAUUGUUUGAGUUUUUAAAAAUGACUAGCAUUUCACAAAGCGGAACUUAGAGCUUUCAAGUUAUCUUAGUACCUUUUAAAACAUGACAUCUUUAAUCGUACUUAUUCUUUGGCCAUUUUACCUUUCAGUCCCCAGCCCCCAGUUCCCCUCACUGGAUGCAGCUGCUCUGGCUAUUUUGUGUGUACCCAGCCUUUGUAGGGUCGUACGUGUAGAAACACGUUCUUUUCCUCUCUCAUGCAUUAGUUUCUUACCUUUAAAUGGGAAUUUCAGACAGCAGGCUUUCUUAAAGCACUGGGUUCAGAAGACCUGCCUAGUGGCUAUAAACAAACUACAGCUACCAAAAAAGAAAGAAAAGGCAGUACAAUUGUUUAUUUACAUUGGCAGCCUCAAAGCACAGGUAUAUUUAGACCAGACCUGAACAACAGCAGCACUGACACCAGGGACAAGGGGCUUAUAGUACUCAAUUGUAGGUUUGUUUUCUUUAGAUGGUCACAUCCAACACCUGAGGCUUUAGAAGACCUUCCAUGGUAGAUGUAGGUUAAGGUCACACAUUAAAAUCUGCCCAGGCUGGUUUUCUGCAGAGUAUACCAAAAAAAAAAAAAACCCCACGGCCGUUGAGUCAAUUUCAA